AUGACAGCGUGUUCUGUAGAGGCGACUGUGAAGGAGGCGGUGGCGGUUGUCCUUGUUGCGGGCAUCGGCGGAUACCACAGGGGGUCCAUCGUCCGCAUGGCCGGGCGUGGUGGCCGGUCCAAGGUCGAACGGCUGAGGACCACCUCCCGGUAUAUAAAGGACGGCGCGCGCCGGACCUGCAUCACGGUAUCCAGCCGAGCUCAAUCAGACACCAUGAAGGCUUUCGUUUGCUCUUUCCUCGUGGUGCUGCUGGUGGCGGCCGUGUUCGCCCAGGAGAAGGCCAAGGAGACCCUGAAGGGCGCCGAGGCCUACUACGCCUACGCCGCCCCCUACGCCUACAGCGCCUUCGGCUACCCCGCCGUCAGCGCCUACUCCGCCUACCCCUACGCCGCCGCCGGCUACCCCUACUACUACCGCUGAACACGGACAUUACAGUGGGGAAGUCAUCGAUGUAAUAAACGGCUUUGCAACAAAUAAAAUUUGUACAUAGCAAAAUUAAA